AUGUCCACUAAAAUAUUUCUCGUCGUUUUUUUCUGUGCGAUAUCCAUCAAUGGCGAAUAUGUUAAAAAGAUGAUCAAGCUGUAUGGAAAGGUGACGGACGGAAGUACGAAAGAAACGACAACUGACACAAAUUCGUUUGCUUGCGUUGAAAAUUGUUUCCAAAACCCAUCGUGUGUUCUUUCAUUUUGGGAUUCAAGUGAGACGUGCGAAAUCUAUUUUGACCAAUAUGGUGGUGAAAUAACAGUAGAAGAAACCACAGAAGCAGAUCUGGAAAUUGUUGCUUUCAAGACAUUCCUCGACGAUUCCAACUGUCCAUUCGAUUAUAGAAACAUCACAAUGAACUUUAUUGAAAAUGCUGAUGAGGACGCGCUGGUAAUGAGCACAACUACACAAAGGGGAAUUAAAAUUGUAGGGCCUAAUGGUCUUUGGAUCAGAACAGACACUGGAUGGACAAUCUUUAUGUGA